AUGACUAUGGCAGGACGAGUGGGUCAGAUGAAGAAUCAGGACGAGGUUCACCAGAAUCAGAUCUUGAGGGAACUGUUUCUCAAAGAGCUACGGGCACAGAAGCUGUACACGCAGUAUCACGUGAAUCCCCUGCGCAAGGUUCACACAAUUACCAGGAAGCCCAUGUCUUGGCAUGACAACUUGGAGGAGCCAGAAGAUGAUAAGUUCCUGAACCUCAUUCACCAUGCUGCACAGGGUCCAAAAAAGAAAUAUUCAGAGACGCAGACCGAAGCCCAAGAAAUAGGAUGGGACCCUAAUCCCUUGAUCAACCCAGAUCGUCAGGACCGAAGGUUGAACCACUUCAGGGUCUACCAUGACAUCACUCUGUACAAGGCUAAACUGUGGAGCUUGGGGGAAGAUGAUCACCGGAAGUAA